CUCACCCUUGAACCUUGCAGCAGCAGCUUCACAACUUCAGCCUCACUCUGCCCCGCUUGCCAACUCUGACAACAGUUCAACCCCGCCAUACUCAGACCACCGCAACACACAGGUACCACACACUACAAGAAGCCAGACCAAAAUGUCCAAGCCCAAGGUCUUCGUCCUCAAUCCCUACCAUCAAGAUGCUAUUGCCCUCCUCCAGCAAUCCAGCUCUGUUCAAGCAAUCCUCCCUGGCCAAGCUGGCUCAGACCAAUGGCACAACGAAGCCGAUGGAAUUCUAAUUCGCUCUGACACCCGCCUAACAGGACAAGACUUCGCCAUGGCCAAAAAGCUCAAAGUCGUUGUGAAGCUUGGGACUGGUGUCGACAACAUUGACCUUGAAGCAGCCAAAAAGCACAAUAUUGCAGUCUGCAACACCCCAGCCAUGAACGCCGAAGCCGUAGCAGAACUAACCCUCACCCUCGCCCUCACCGUCGCCCGCCGCGUCGUCGAGAUCGACAGGAAACUCAACCGCGGCGAAGAUUUAAUCCGCUCCCAACUCCUCGGCCAAUCUCUCUACCAGAAAUCCCUUGGCAUUGUCGGAAUGGGAAACGUCGGAAAAGCCGUAGCGAAAAAAUGGAUCGGAGCCAUGGAGGGCAAAAUCAUCGCCUACGAUCCUUUUGCUCCCAAUGGAGCCUGGGACGACAUCGAACAUCAUCGUGUCCUAGACCUCGACAUCCUACUCAAAUCCUCCGAUGUCAUAAGUUUACACGUCCCACGAACAGAUGAUACAACAGAUAUGAUUGACAAACGAGAAUUCGGUUUGAUGAAGAAGAAUGCUAUCUUAUUGAAUUGUGCGAGAGGUGGGAUUGUUAAUGAGGAUGCUUUGUUGGAUGCGCUGGAUGAGAAGAGGAUUUUUGGAGCGGCGCUGGAUGCGUUGGAUUUUGAGCCGCCGAGUUUGGAGAAGCAUGGGUUGCAUUUGGGGUUUGAUAAUUUGGUUCUGACGCCGCAUGUGGGUGGGACGACGGAGGAGAAUCAGAGUGCUAGUGGGAGGUUUGCUGUUGAGACUGUGGUUGCUGUGCUGGAGGGGAGGGAGGUGGAGAAUAGGGUGGUGUAAGGUCGCCGAUUGUUCUGAAGAUUUCUCCUGGGUUAAAUCUGUGAAAGACUGUGGUGACAAGAUUGAAUAUUGAGUGUAAUAUUGAGGAUUGUGGAAGAGGAGUUAAAGGUCGCCAGAGAUGUGUAUACCUAAGCAGAUUAUCAACGCCGGUGUAGCUUGCAAGGUGGCGUUCCGCG